AUGGGCAAAGAUGGGGGGCGCACGGCACUGGUAACGGGUGGUGCUCGGGGUUGCGGGCUGGCCUUUGCGCGGGGACUGGCCGAGGCUGGCGCUGAUGUAGCUGUCUUUGAUGUCGUCCCACCUGAGGAAGGAUACCAUUCAAUUGAGAAGGAAUGUGGUGUCCGGACUGUGUAUUACAAGGUCGACGUCUCAUCCCAGGAAUCGUUGGAAGAAGGCUUCGCCAACUUCCAGAAAGAUUUUUACAAUGCUCUUGACAUAUGCGUUCCAUGCGCCGGUAUUAAUCGCCAUAUCCCAUUCCUCGAAUUUACCUACAAGGAUUAUCAGGAUCUACUAUCUAUCAACGUACUCGGUCUUUACUUCACUGCCCAGCUCGCAGCUAAGCAGAUGAUUACGAACAAGACAAAACACGGCAGCAUUAUUUUAGUAGCCAGUAUGGCAAGCCAUAUCGCUGUACGCAGCCAGCUAUGUUCCGCCUAUUGUGGCACGAAAGGCGCGGUUAGAUCGAUGUGUCCUGCGAUCGCAAAAGAGGUGGCCGAAUAUGGUAUUCGAGUCAAUUCCAUCUCUCCGGGAUUUGUAAAGACAGAGAUGACGGCUUCAGUAAGUUCCCACCCCAAGCAAGGUACUCUGAUAUCCGCUAAUGGCCAGUUCCCCCAUCUCCUUGACGGCUGGAAGUCCGAAGCCAUGAACGGUCGAAUUGCCGAACCGGAAGAUAUCAUGGGGGCGUGUGUAUUCCUCGCAAGUGAUGCGAGUGCGUACAUGACCGGGUCGGACAUUGUUGUGGACGGUGGGGUGACACGGUGGUGA